CCCACGUCACCAGUUUGACAGCCUCGCACGAAAUCCGGGGGCGGUGCUCGCCCGGAGUCCCAGGCGUCACUGGGAGUUCCCGCAGAUUAGAACUCGCCUCUCCUAGCCCCUCCCCUCAGUCCCAUUUAAAGCUCCCACGGCUUUCCGAAAAAUUGAAGGCUCAGUUUCUGCAGCGCCUUCUUCCACUGCAAGAUGAACACUGUUCUGCCUUGCCAAGACCAGUACUUUGUAGGAGGUCAGAGUUAUAAUUGCCCGUAUUCCACUACAACGUCAGAAUCUAGUGUUGACGUUUCCACGGAGACUUGGGUCUCUUUCUGGACUGCUGGUCUCCUGGACAACAGAGAGCCCCAACAAGCACCACAGGCACUGGAAUCAUCCUGUGACUCCAGUUUCCCUGCUCCUAACUCGUGUUCAUGGGAAGAAGCUCAGCUUUCCUCUCAGCUCUACAGAAACAAGCAGCUCCAAGAUACUCUGGUGCAGAAGGAAGAAGAACUUGCUAGGUUACAUGAAGAGAAUAACCAUCUCAGACAAUACCUGAAUUCUGCUUUGGUUAAAUGUCUUGAGGAAAAGGCCAAGAAAUUGCUGUCAUCAGAUGAGUUCUCCAAAGCAUUUGGACAAUUCAGAAAGGGAAAGAGGAAACCCAAAGAGAAAAGAUACUUUCCUCCUGAGAUCCCCCACCACAAAAAUGCCAAGAGAAACCUCUCUAGUGAAUUUGCUAACUGUGAAGGACAACCUGGGCCCCCUGUGGACCCUUGGGUUCUUCAGACCCUUGGGUUAAAAGACCUCAACACCAUCGAUGACACUUUAUCAGCUAACUACAGUGCCCACUCCUCUCAUCCCAGAAGAAUUGACAGCACAUUUCCUCCAUUUCUGGAUGAUACAGUUGAUUAUGAAAAUGUCCCCAGGGAGGAUCUGCCAAUUGACUAUGGAGGCGACCCAGCAACCCCCUCACAUGGCACUGCUGGGCACAGGGAAGAUUUUCACUUCCUCUCUCAACUUUCAAAUCCCCCAGGAGGGCUGCAAACUUCUCCUUACUAUACUUCUGAUGUGUCACCCAAUAAAACAGAGAUGGCCUUUUCCACAUCCCUGAGCCCUCACUGUAAUGUGAAAACUCAUUCCUUCCACCAGGGACAAGCCUUUGUUUGUCGAGAUGAGGAGGGAGGCUGGAAGUUUACCUGGGUCCCUAAGCAGUCUUAGUGACCUCCCUUCUAUCACGAAAGACUGCCAUAAACUCUGUUUACAAAGACCUCUCUUGCACUUGAACCUGACUAUUUGGAACACAGAAGCUUUUGCCCUGACUGUCUCCUGCCACUUUAAAUGUCACUCUCAAUUACCCACUUAAAUCUGCAGAGAACAGCUUCCACGAAUCCAUAAUGAAACAUGCCUGCUCUUCUUUCACCUAAAUUUGACAUGUUUACACACCAGCACCUGCUGUUGACUUCAUCCCUUCGCCCUGUACCUGAAAAGGUAUUUUCCAAUUGUCCGAAUAUUCCUUCGAGGCCUACAUAUGCUGUUCCAAUUAUAACAAGUCUAACAGCUUUUCUCCUUUCAUCAAGCAGUUUAAAUGUUCAUAGCCUCUACCCUCUCACUUUUAUCCUGUCCUGUUCUUCUUCAUUUCUGAAAACUGCCUCGAGAGUGAACACUGUUAUCGCUCCAGGUGUUUGUUCUUGAGUGCUCCGAUCUUGGGGGUGGGGUAGAAACAAGGGUCUCUGGACAUCGUCAUUCCCAAAGACAUAAUGUAGAUGUGAGCAGUGCCACGUGUAGAGCAGUUCAGUAAGUUAUGCGCCCUGUGGAGUUGACAAAGAGCCUCUUCAAUGAGUUGCAACUCUACUGAAUAAGCAAUACCACUGAUAAAUCAAAAGAUGAAAAAUAAUUAAAAUUUAUUCAAAAUAUGCCACAGUAUAUCAGCUUCUAUAGGCAUCUGACAUUGCCUCUUUAACCAACAUGACUCAAACUAGAACAUGGCUAAGGGCUGCUUGAUAACAACAAGUUGUCAUCUUAAUCGCCCAGAUGCUGUCAAGGGUCUGGUCCUGCCAGUAUUGUCUAGCCAAACUCUGUCGUUGUCUCCCUCAUUCAUUCACUUACUCAUCUACUCAGUUUUCCAUUCAUUGGCCCACGCAAAAUAUUCGUACAACACCUGCCAUGUACCAGGCGCUGUCCUAUGGAGUGGUGAUGGAAUAAAUGAGAGCAAGUUAGACCUUGUGGCCACCCUCAUGAGACUCAGAGCCAAUAUUUGCUGUAACCUUGAGAAACCUAAUUCCCAAGGGUGAAGAUUCACUUUUCCUGGCUGCAGAAUACAGAAGAUAGAUGAGACCAUCACUAACAUUCUAUAAACUGAGGCUGGGUCCAUCAGCUUUACUCCAACACUGCCAACCCAGCUCACUCUUCUCUUUAGUUUUGAUAGACACUAUAGGUAUGUUGGAUGAGCUUUACAUACAAUUUUUCUUAAACAUGAGCCAUUUGUAGUCGACACAAGAAACCAUUGCUCUGAUCACAGUAUUCUUUUUCUGGUAUGAGCCCAUGUUAUAGGUUAAUUCAGUCUAAGUAUGGGAGAGUAACUUGCAUCUAACAAA